UAUUCUAGACAACCGUACCUUCGAAACGUGUACAACGCGAUGUCGGGUCGAAAUCGUGGGCAGGACUCAGACGGACACUGCAAAGGACGAUCUAUCCGUGCCUUCCGGGAUUCCCCAGCCCGCGUCUAUAAUCGCAUUUGUUGCUUGUCUGAGGACUUAUUACUCGAGUACCUCCACCCGAUCGACCCUACCACAAUUGUCAUGUCUCUUUGAUCCUGUCUUCGAAAGUAUAAAUUGUUUGUGCUUGAUAUGAAUCCUCAAUUAUACCAUCCGGCAACCAUACUACAAUAUGUUGCCAUUCUCGCCGCAAUAUAUGUGUUCAUAAAUGGUCCUUUCUCUGGUGUUGCACAAGAUGAUGCCUCAUCUGAUGAGAGUCAUAACAUACCAUUGUCUCAAGAAAAGGCCGAACAGCUUGUUCAUCCGGAUACCGCUUUGCAGUGUGAUUCUCAUCUUUACGGGGUCCAUGUCUUCUCAAGAAGCCCUUUGAUCAUCUACAUCCCGAAUUUCUUGUCGAAAGCAGAAUCGAAGCAUUUGAUAAAGAUCAGCGAAGACAGGUGGAAACCCUCGACAAUUUAUAGUAACAAUGUCGAAGCCGAAGACACCAGUGUCCGCAAAUCUGAAAAGGCAAUGAUUGAACGAGACAGCAUUGUCCAAUGCAUCGAACAGCGAGCACUCAACUUCCAAGGCUGGCCCGUAGACACUUUCAUCGAACGCUUGUGGACGCAACGUUAUACGACAUCUGGCCACUACGCCCACCAUUAUGACUGGGCUUUUGCAUCGAAGACGGCACAUCGUGUUUCUACAUUCAUGGUUUACAUCGAAGCAAACUGUACUGGAGGAGGUACCAAUUUCCCGUUACUUACCAGGCCAAAGGAUAGACGAUGGUGUGAAUACAUUGAUUGCGAGGAGUCAGAGGAGGAUGGUGUUACGUUCUUACCCAAAGCUGGUGGUGCUGUGUUUUGGGAAAACUUCGACGUUGAUGGCAAAGGAUGGAAGCAAGGUCUCCAUGCCGGCAUGCCCGUGCAUAGUGGCGUCAAGAUUGGACUGAACAUCUGGAGUAUCAAGAGGGUCAUCAGGAAGCUCUAAAGAAUCAGGUUACUGAUCGAGACGAAAUCUAGGAUAAUAGUGCGAGAUCAAGAAGACGAUGCUAAACUCCGACUAUACACAGAUCUAUAGAAUUUAGACAUCUUCUAUGUCAUUACCCGACAUGCUCACAUAUCCUCAGCAACGCUCCACAGUCCUGACAUUGCCAUAGUCUCU